AUGUCGGAUGGCCUCGCUGUGGCAGCGGGGCGCCGCUUCUGGGCCCUGUUCGAUGCGUCCGAGGCGGUCUGGCACGAGCGCCUCGUCCUUCGCCGCACCGCAGGCGGCCACGUGGUGCUCACGCCAGAUGGCGACGUGCACGAGGAGCUGCUGGAGGACUACGAGGAUGCGCUGCCUAGCGGUGUUGCUGGUGGCAUUCCGAACCGCCUCUCUGGGCACAAGGCACUCCGCUACGCCUUCCGCCCAGGGGACAUCGCCGAUGCCAGCGCCUUCCGCCGGCGGGCCGAGGCCUACCUGGCUGGCUGGGCUACCGCCCCUCCAGCGGCCGUUGGAGGCGGGCGGGGGCCCGCGCCGAUUGCCGACGCCGGCGUCGUGCCCGCCGUCGCGGCCGGCGCGCUGGCGGCUGCUGCUGACGUGGACCCUGCCUUCUACGACCCCGGCUCGCUGGCGGCCCACAGCUGCAUCGUGGGCUCCGAGUGGUUCGUCGGCGAGAAUCAGGGCCCCCGCAGGCGCGGCAAGGGUGUCACCAUCCGCGACUCGGAUAUCGCCUUCGGCGCCUCGGGUCAGGCCCUGCUGUGCCGCGAUGGAGUGCGGCACCGCCUCUGCCGCGACCCGCCCACGCCGUUGCCUGCCGACGAGGGCGAGGCGGCCGCGGCGGAGGACAUUCGCACGCUGGCGGUCGAGUACAACGCACGCGGGGAGCGCACCCGCAGUUUCGAGUCAGCGCGCCACCUGCUGCGCGAGGAGAUGCUGGACGAUGCCUGGCCAGUUGAGGGCCCCCGCACCGUGCAGUGGCUCGUCGAGGCCUUCGCCGACAGCGGCAUGGCCCCGGUGCCGCGACACCACUGGUGGAGGCAGGCGCUGGGGGCAACGUCCUCGGACCCAGGAAUCGACGAGCACCUCUUCCUUUCGGAGUGCAUCCAGCAGGGGCUGCAGUACGACCAGCUCAACAUUGGCAACUUGGCCUGCUUUGAAAGCAUGGCCCGCCGCUAUCAUCUCUGGGAGGAGCGGUGCCAGGAGCGGAUCCGCGCCUCCACGGAGGGCUCGGUGGCGGCGGGGCUCGCGGCCGAGAGGCACAUGUUCCUCGGCGGCGACCGCGCCAAGGGCUACGCGCUCAUCUCGCCCGAGCUGGAGUCCUGGGUGGCGAAGCGCAUGGAGGAGCAGGCUGCCGUGCUCAAGGAGCGCCGCAAGGGCCGCGAGGAGCGUGCUCUGGCGGCGGCGGCCUCAGGCGGCGGCGGCGGCGGCGGCGGCGCUGGCCCGACGAUCGGCGCCGACCACAAGAAGAAGCUCAAUGACAACAAGAAGAACAAGGACGGCCAGACUGGCACCCCGGGCGCAGGCCUGCUUCCUCUGCCAGAGCCCGCCUCGCCUGCGCCGCGUCAUGGGGAUGCGCUGGGCUCGGAGUGGCUCUCGGCAGGCUUGCAGACCCUCAAUGAGAUGGGAGGGCGCGGCGCUGUUCGGCGGGCUGGAGCAGCCUCUGGUCCCCAGGCCGACGCGCUGGAGCGGCUUCGCAGCUCCUGCGCCGCCGUGCCCAGCUGCCCGACGGACCUGGCCGCCGACUCGGCCACUCGCGCCGUGAUCGGCUCCGAUCCUGGCUAUGGAUUUGACGACAUGGCCAGCGGGAAGUACGCCACCUAUCAGCGCGGGAAGGUCUCACUUCCGCGCGUGGCCUCCGGCGCGGUGGAGCCAGCUGCUGCGCUGCCGGCGGGGCCCCGCUCCUUGCUGAUGGGUGAGUCUGGCACCUUGCUGACGAGGGGCUCCACAUCUUCCUCGUCGUUGGCGAAAUUGGCUUUCGACCGAAGGCUUGCUAGCAAUCCACGCACUUACGGGAAGUUUUUGGCUGAUCUGCUCGAGCGUGACAUGCUCGAGGUUGGCGCUUCGUUCUCGCAGGUGGCGCCCUUCUUUGUCUACAAGAAGGACGGGGCCCUCAGGCUGAUCUUCGACACCAGGGCCUCGAACACGGAGUUCGCUGAGCCCGACUACGCCCCCUUGGCAGCGGCGCAGGCCCUCGGCAGUAUCGAGCUGCAGGCGGGGGGGCGCCUCUUCGUGGCCCAGGGCGACGUCACGUGCUGCUUCUACCAGUUCUUGCUGCCAGUGCACCUGCGUGAGGCCUUUGGCCUGCCGCCCGUGCCCUGGGCCGCGCUGCCGCUCGCCCCUCGCCAGCUGGUUGGGGCGCGCCCGCCUGAUGGCAUGGUGCAUUUGCGCCUCAGAGUGGUGCCGAUGGGCUGGUCAUGGGCUGUCUACUUCAUACAGCAUGUCAUGAUGGAGAUCCUUCGCCCCUGCGCCCCGGCGGACCGCUGGCUGGCCCAGCACGUGCCGCGCGAGCCCGUCUGCCCCGGCUCGGGGGCCUCGCUGAUCUACAUCGACAACUUCGCGGCCCUUGGCACGAGCGCCUCGGAGGCGAACGCUCGCCUGGAGCACAUGCUGGGCGCCGUGGAGGCCGCUGGAGUGGACGCCUCGCCGGAGCCUGCCGGCGCGCCGGUGCUCGGGUUCGAGCUGGACUCGACUGGCACCCAGUGGCGGCCGACGGCGAGGAAGUUCUGGAAGGUCGCACUGGCCCUCCGCACUCUGGGCUGGGGGCGCCAGCGCCGCACGGGGCGGCAGAUCGCACGCGUCGUCGGCCACGCCUCGGCCAUCAUGCUGCUGCGGCCGGAGAUGCUGUCCGUCUUCUCGGCCGUGUACGUUUUCGCCGACCGCUACUUCGGGCAGCCGGCACGCGUGUGGGCCUCUGUGCGGCGCGAGCUCCGAGCUGCCUGGGCGCUGCUGCCACUCGCCGUCGCCGACAUGAGCCUGCCCUGGGCGCCCGCUGCCGCCUCGGUCGACGCCUCGCUGCACGGCUUCGGCGUCACCGAGAAGGUCUGGCCCCCCGCCGAGGUGGGCCGCGUCGGCCGCGCCUCGGAGCGGGGACGGUGCCGAGGGGCGCUGCGCACCUCCCGCCGCCCGCGCUGCCUGGUCGAGGGGGAGGAGGCUGAGCCCUCGCUGCGCGACAUCGUCGACGCCUCGGACGAGCAGCUGCGUGCUCUGGGGCUGCGCUCCGCCUUCGAGGAGGUGCCGUCGGCCCUGGCACGCGGCGACGACUGGGGCGCGGUGGCAGCCCGCCGCUGGAGGCGCAAGGACAAGAUCCUGGCGCUCGAGGCGGAGGCAGCCCUCGAGGCAGGUUCGGCGGCUGGCUCGAAGCCGCGCGGCUUCACGGGCCAGCGGGUGCUGCAGGGCUUCGCGAGCAGCUCGCGGCAGGGCGCUCCAGGCGGCAGGCCUUUGCGGGGCCUUUCGCCGCGGGGCUCCCCGGGCCCGAGCCCGCUGCUCUGCAGGGCGCUGGUGCCGGCGCGGAGCCAGAGGCCGAGCCGGGCCCCGUCGGCCCCGAGCCGGGCGCUGCGCCCUCGGGUGGCGCCGGAGCCGGAGGGCGGCGAGGCCAGCGGGAGGCCGCGGCUGGAGGGCAUCGCCCUGCCGCGCCGCCACGCCUGCCCGAGCGGCCCGCCCUCUCUGCAGCCCGCGCUGGCUCCGGGCCGGCUGCCCUGCCGCACGCUGGCUGCUGCUGGCCCCCUGGGCUCGGGCCGCCGUCCUGCGCCGGGACGCCUGGCCCCCUAUCGCGGGGAGACCGGCACGGCACGCCGGCAGCGCCGCGAGACGGCGCGGCGGCGCCCGGGCUCAGCGCUGCACUUAGCCGCCUGCAGCUCGGGCAAUUACUUGAACGCCUUGCGCAAGCUGCUGGCGUGGAUGCACGAGACCAAGGCCCCCCAGCGCUUCCCCGCGAGCGAGUGGGACCUGCUGCUGGAGCAGUACGUGGAGUUCCUGCACGACCGCGGGCUGCCAGAGGGGGAUGCCGCCAGCACGCUGGCUGCGGCGCGCUGGGCGCUGCCCGAGCUGCCGCGCCCGCUGCGCCAGAGCCUGCCACUGGCGACGGCUGCGGUCACAGGCUGGCGCCGGCUCGAGAAGCCGCUGUCGCGCCCGCCAGUCCCUCGGUCGCUGGCCGUACUCAUGGCCCUGCGGCUCUGUGCCGACAGCAAGGCGGACUAUGCCCUCUUCCUGCUGCUGACGUUCGAGACGUACAUGCGGCCGAGCGAGGCGCUCAGCCUCCUCGGCCUACAGCUGGUGCCGCCCGUGCCGGGCGAGAAGGGGGCGUGCCGCAUCUGGGCCAUCCUGAUCCGCGCGAGCGAGCUAGACGUGCUUGGCAAGACCGGCGAGUUCGACACCAGCGUCGCCCUGGACCUGCCGCGGCACCGCCUGCUGGAGCCUGCGCUGCGCCUGCUGAAGGCCAACAGGGGGGAGCGGGAGCGGCUCUUCACGUUCUGCUACACCGACUUCUUCCAGGUCUGGAACAGCUGUCUCAACAGCCUGGGCCUGGCGCAGCUGAAGGUGACGCCGUACUCCCUCCGGCACGGGGGGGCCUCGGAGGAC